GAUCUGAUUGCACUUUGGACUUUCGCAUUUUCAACAUUGAUCGACUGUGGUUCAAACGGUUUCUUAGUCCACUUUCAGUACAUAAAGCGAACAGUUCAACAUGAUUAAUUCCGGCAAAUUAGCAGGACGCACUCUCUUCAUAACCGGCGCCUCUCGUGGUAUUGGCAAAGCAAUCGCCUUAAAAGCUGCUCGCGAUGGCGCAAACAUUGUGGUGGCUGCCAAGACAGCUGAACCGCAUCCCAAGCUGCCGGGUACCAUAUACACAGCGGCCGAGGAGAUCGAGAAGGCUGGUGGUCGAGCCCAUCCCUGUAUCGUAGAUGUGCGUGAUGAACAGCAGGUGCGUACAGCCGUUAAGGAGGCUGUUGCCAAAUUUGGCGGCAUCGAUAUCCUUAUUAACAAUGCCAGCGCCAUCUCGUUGACGUCCACACCAGAUACGGACAUGAAGCGAUACGAUCUGAUGCAUCACAUCAACACACGCGGCACUUUCCUAGUGUCUAAGGAAUGUCUGCCCUAUUUGGAGAAGAGCAACCACGCCCACAUCCUGAACAUUUCACCGCCUUUAGACAUGAAGUCCAAAUGGUUUAGUCCUCAUGUGGCCUACUCUAUGGCCAAGUAUGGUAUGUCCAUGUGUGUGCUUGGCAUGUCGGAAGAGUUCCGCAGUCGUGGCAUUGCUGUCAAUGCCCUUUGGCCUCGUACCGCCAUCUAUACGGCGGCCAUUGAGAUGCUAACGGGACCAGACAGCGCCAGUUGGUCGCGCAAACCAGAGAUUAUGGCGGAUGCAGCCUAUGCCAUUCUCUCGCGGGAACCCAAACAGUCCACUGGUCAAUUCUUUGUGGACGACGAGGUGCUCGAAUCGGUGGGCAUCAAGGAUCUCACGGAUUACGCGUGUGUGCGUGAAAAUGCCGAUAAGCUGAUGUUGGACUUCUUUUUGGAGGCGCCUGCCGGAGAAGCUGUUGUUGGUGGUGCGCCGGCAGCUGCUGGAGAUGCCAAAAUCCCGCAGCUCUUCAAGAAAAUCGAAUCUUUGCUUUCAGCUGAAAUCGUUUCCAAGACGCAGGCCGUCUAUCAGUUCAAUAUCAAUGGUGCCGAAGAAGGUAUCUGGUUUUUGGAUUUGAAGAAUGGUACCGGUGCCUGCGGCACAGGUGCUCCUCCAGUUGCUGCGGAUGCCACGCUGACCAUGAACUCAAACAACUUCUUCGACAUGUUUUCGGGAAAACUGAAGGCCGCGCCAGCUUACAUGUCCGGCAAGCUCAAGAUUAGCGGCGACUUCCAAAAGGCUCUGAAAUUGGAGAAACUGAUGAAAGCACUGAAAUCAAAGUUGUAAAUAGUUGUUAUUGAAUUUACAUGCAUAUAUCGAUCAUCCUACAUAUUUAAAUACAAAGACAUACA